GUGUCAUACAUUUCUUUCAUCCAGCUGCCUCUUCUUCUUUCCUCUCUGGAACUUCCUUUCUACACCUCCCCCAAAAGUUCCAGAGACCCCCCUCAAAAAUGCAAACACUUUCUCUUCUUUCACCCCUCUCUUGAAAUUCUUGUUCUUCUUCAAACCGUCGUCGUUUCAAUGCUUCCCCUACGCUUAACCGUCGUCGUUUCAUCUCUCCUCCUUUCUUGCAUCUUCCAACCCUUCUGUCUCGGGAUCCGCUCCUUCCCCACCGUAGACUCCACCGCCACCACCACCAGCACCACCACUUCCACCGCAACCACUAACCUCUUCCACUUCUCCGAAGCCCCGGAGUACCGAAACGGCGCCGGUUGCCCUGUCCCCGGCAACAAAAACUCCAUCCCAUCAUGCGACCCAUCUCUAGUCCACAUCGCAAUGACACUCGACUCCGGCUACCUCCGCGGCUCCAUCGCCGCCGUCCACUCCGUCCUCCGCCACUCCUCCUGCCCCGAAAACGUUUUCUUCCAUUUCAUCUCCGCCGAGUUCGACCCAGUGAGUCCACGUCUCUUGACUCGUCUGGUAAGAUCCAUUUUCCCCUCCCUCAACUUCAAAGUUUACAUCUUUCGUGAAGACACCGUCAUAAACCUCAUCUCCUCCUCCAUCCGCUUAGCCCUAGAGAAUCCCUUAAACUACGCGAGAAACUAUCUCGGUGACAUGCUUGACUCGUGCGUUGAACGAGUUAUCUAUCUUGACUCAGAUAUCGUCGUUGUCGACGAUAUUUCCAAGCUAUGGAGUGUGAAAAUGGCUGAAGGUAAGGUUAUCGGUGCACCAGAAUAUUGCCAUGCGAAUUUCACGAAGUAUUUCACAGACGAAUUCUGGGUUGACCCUUUACUGUCACGCGUGUUUGGAGCAAGAAAGGCUUGUUAUUUCAACACGGGUGUGAUGGUGAUGGACAUGGUGAAAUGGAGGGAAGGGAAUUACCGGAAGAGGAUUGAGAACUGGAUGGAGUUGCAGAAGAAGAGGAGGAUUUAUGAGCUGGGUUCUUUGCCACCAUUUUUGCUGGUUUUUGCAGGGAAUGUGGAAGCGAUUGAUCAUAGAUGGAAUCAGCAUGGACUUGGUGGGGAUAAUUUGAAUGGGGUUUGUAGAUCUUUGCAUCCUGGGCCUGUGAGUUUGUUGCAUUGGAGUGGGAAAGGGAAGCCAUGGGUAAGGCUUGAUGAGAAGAAGGCUUGUCCUUUGGAUUCUCUUUGGGAGCCUUAUGAUCUUUAUAAGCCUAGGAGUUAUAAAGAUCAGGAGAUUCAACCUUGGAGUUUUUCGUCUUCCAUUUUGGUUGGAUAUGCUCAUGAUUUGUUGUGAUCAAGGUCAGAUACCGCGAAAACAGACGCGACAAAACGAUAUCGGAAGAUGCUGAUACCUAAUUGUGGUUAAUUCCCACCAAGAAGAAUGCAAUCAAUUUCCACGACGAAGAAUGCAAUCAGUGUUGCAACACCUGAACGAAAUUGCGAAAUCCUUUAGUAUGAUUCAUUUUGAUACAUUUGUUGUUGUUGUUGAUGAUGUUGUUUAGAAAUUUGUGAUUCUUUUUUUCUUUUUAGGUUAUGUACAGAUUUGUUGUUGUUAAUUUUUUUUUCUUUUCAAUUUUGUUCAUCAUUCUUUAUGUAGAAUGGUUUUUGUUUUUUUUAGAGGUUUAAUUCUUGUGAUUUAGAUGUGAAAUUUGAAUUCUUUUUGGGGUGGGGGGUUCCAUUAUUUGGAGCAAUUUUGGUGGGUGGGAUAAGUACUUUUGAAUGGGGUCAGUAUUGAUUGUAUGCGCCAAACAAAGUGCAGAAUGAUAGACAGCUGUUUCAUUGUUUUUA